UUGGAUAGAUAUGAUGCCUAUCAUUAGCGGUGAACUGACUGAAUUGACGUUCAAUAUACCCUUGCUCUAGUCGAGGAUACUAAAGUUUAUUUCAUAGCUACAGUCGUGUAUAAUUUCUAAACUACAGGCAUUGGGAAGUCAACAGGAAAAUCCGAAGUUCUGGGACGUGAUAUUUAUGUGUCCAGUGAAGCAGAUGUUAUUGUUUUCUUUUCUGUAGAAAUGGGCACGACAAACUCCACCCUGUCAAAAAUUCCAAACGUCGAAGAAUUAAUGCAAGAAACGGGUUUCACCCCUGCACACAUUGUUCGACUUUAUGACCGUUUCGAAGCAUUGGACAAGGAAAAGACAGGCCUUCUCCGCCCACAGGAUUUUGGAGCCAUUAAUAGGUUGGCGAUGAACCCCAUCGGGGAUCGGAUCAUUGGGGCUUUCUUCUCUCCAGGGCAGGAAACAGUGGACUUCCACUCCUUUGUGAGGAUCCUGGCCCACUUCCGACCUGCGGACAAAAAACGUCCCAAAGAUCCCAGUAUGCCUGAACCUGUCAACAGUAGGACCAGUAAACUCAAGUUUGCCUUCCAACUAUAUGACCAGGACAAAGAUGGAAAAAUCUCCAGAGCUGAGCUUCUACAGGUGCUGCGGUCCAUGCUGGAGAUGCAGGUGACGGAGGAGCAGCUAGAGAGCAUUGCCGACCGCACCAUCCAGGAGGCUGACCUGGACAAGGACGAUGCCAUCUCCUUUGAGGAGUUCCGCAAGUCCCUGGAGAAGGUGAACAUCGACCACAAGAUGAGCAUUCGCUUCCUGCGCUAGCUAGAGUGGUUGCACUGGGUCAACUGACUGUUCAUGGUGAUGUAGCCCACUGUGUGUACUCAUCCCUCCAUGGUAAAAACAAGGCUUCUGCAGGGAAAUAUUACUGAUUCCUUUAACUGGAUGACUAACACUAAAUACCUUUAAAUGACUGAAUAAUAUGCUGUAAUUUAAUAUGUUUUUUUUUUACAGCAUACUGGAAUAUGGGCAUCAUGUUCCAAAGUCUAACUGUACUAGAGGCCUACUGUAUAACUACAUAGUAACUGCUUUUAUAUAAUACAAUAAAAUGCAAUUUAAUAAUAAUAAUUAUACAUGGGACUUAUUUAGUGGUAAUCAAGGACCCAAAGUCGCUUUACAAUUGUAGAAACAAAAAAAAUAUGUUCGUUUUGACAUGGGCAAACAUAAGCUUUUAUGAAGGGAAACGGAUACUUGAAAUUCACUCUUCCUUGUUAAUUUUUUGAAGUACACUACCGGUCAAAAGUUUUAGAACAUCUACUCAUUCAAGGGUUUUUCUUUAUUCUUA